UGCCCUGCCUUGUUCACAGGGACAUUGCUGGCCAUGAAAGGUUCAACCACAUGACCAGAGUCUACUACAAAUAUGCGAUUGCAGCUAUCAUAGUAUUUGAUAUAAAGAGAUUAGCAACCUUUGAAUCCGUUCUAAAGUGGCUGGACGAUGUCAACCAAAAGGUAAUGCUGGAGAAUGGAAGCUCUAUACCAAUCAUCCUCCUAGCCAACAAGUGUGACUUGGACGACCACCAGGUGGACCAGGCAACUCUAGAUGCUUUCUGCAAGACACACGGCAUCACAGCAUGGUUCGCCACUUCAGCAAAAGAGAACAAAAACAUAGAGGAGGCAAUGAACCUGCUGGUGUGCAAGAUAAUGGAGCUGUCGUCACUGAAGGUUGACGGACUCCCGGAGGACUACGUCGAUCUGGCUGCAGAACCAGAGACUACCGGACAGCUGGCCUCCAUUGCUGGAGAUUCCUACCAGCACACGGGGAGGAGAAUCACAGGUGUCGUCCCUUGGAAACCGCAGCAACAAACACCUCAGAAGAGUAAAUGUUGUUGAUUCUCCUUGUUUUUUUUUGCGGUGUGUGCUUGUACGUCCGUUCUUUGUUUAUUUUAUUAUACCUUCAUGAUCAUCAAUCUAUUGUCGUGUAGUAAAAUAAUUAUGUAUAUGGAUACAAUGAAAAUUGGACACACUAACAGCAGAGGUUCAAAAGAUUACUUCUUGAAAGUCUUGGCAGCAUUCGAUGCACUCUUCUGAGCCUCAACGCUGUACCUAUAGGAGAAGUUGUGGUAGUUGUUGAGGAGCUCGUGGUCCAUAGCACUGGAAGGCUCAGGGCGGAUGAGGAUAGCCACCAGGGCCUGGAGGAUGUGCUCCAUUCCCAUGUAGGAUGGCUCCCACUUGUCGACUCCCAGCAGACCCAGACACACUUGCCCCGAGCUCUGACUCACAUUCAGGUGGUAGGGAAACGGAGCAACAAAGUGUACCUCAGGUGGCUUGACUGGAUAAUUCACAGGAACACAUACUCUUGCUUUGAAAACUCCACCUACAAACAGAGCAAAGAUAGGAGUUACAACAAGUGAUUGAAUACACGAACCCUUGUAGACGGAAUCAUCAGGUCCGUUCAAAAGGGCUUCCCAGACGUACAUAUCAGUAUCAGACGGCAAACUGACGGCCACGCCGGCAGGCGGGCUCUUACUCAAUUUUUGGUACUCCUUUUUCAGUCUGGAUACGGAGAUAUCAGAGUUGUCUGUAGACAUACUACAUACCUCUCUGUGUUCUGUGAUCUACAGUGAAGUCUAACGCAGAGGUGUAUAUACCUACCUUCUCAAAGAAACAGCCUGAUCGCCAGACGCCAUUUUUUC